AUGAAGUGGCUGCUGCUUCUCAGCUUGGUGGCACUCUCUGAGUGCAUCUACAAGGUCCCCCUCGUCAAGAAGAAGUCCCUGAGACAGAACCUGAUCGAGAAUGGACUAUUGGAGGACUUCCUGAAGAAGAAUAGCCUCAACCCAGCCAGCAAGUACUUCCCCCAGGAGGCCACCAUGCUGUCCACCCAGCCCCUGGUGAACUACAUGGACACGGAAUACUUUGGCACCAUCAGCAUCGGAACACCCCCUCAGGAGUUCACCGUCAUCUUUGAUACUGGCUCCUCCAAUCUGUGGGUGCCCUCCGUCUACUGCUCCAGCCCCGCCUGCACCAACCACAAACGCUUCAACCCUCAGAAGUCCUCCACCUACAAGGCCACCAGCCAGACCGUGUCCAUCGCCUAUGGCACUGGCAGUAUGACAGGGAUCCUUGGCUAUGACACUGUCCAGGUUGCAGGCAUCGCUGACACCAACCAGAUCUUCGGCCUGAGCCAGACAGAACCUGGCUCCUUCCUGUACUACUGUCCCUUUGACGGCAUCCUGGGUCUGGCCUACCCUGACAUUUCUUCCUCCGGAGCCACACCUGUCUUUGACAACAUGUGGAACCAAGGGCUCGUCUCCCAGGACCUCUUCUCUGUCUACCUGAGCUCCAAUGACCAAUCUGGCAGCGUGGUGAUGUUUGGUGGUAUCGAUUCUUCCUACUACACUGGCAAUCUCAACUGGGUACCUGUUUCUUCUGAGGGCUACUGGCAGAUCACCGUGGACAGCAUCACCAUGAACGGAGAGACCAUCGCUUGCAGCGGGGGCUGCCAGGCCAUUGUUGACACCGGUACCUCUCUGCUGUCCGGUCCAUCCAAUGCCAUCGCUAGCAUCCAGGGCUACAUCGGAGCCAGCCAGGACUCAAAUGGCCAGAUGGUGGUCAGCUGCUCGGCUAUCAGCAACCUUCCCGACAUCGUCUUCACCAUCAAUGGUGUUCAGUAUCCUCUGCCCCCCAGUGCCUACAUCCUGCAGAACCAGCAGUAUUGCACCAGCGGUUUCCAGGGCAUGAACAUCCCCACCUCCUCCGGGGAGCUUUGGAUCCUGGGUGAUGUCUUCAUUCGUCAGUACUUUGCCGUCUUCGACAGGGCCAACAAUCAGGUCGGCCUGGCCCCUGUGGCUUAA